AUGUCGCGACAGGACAAGGCCACCACAGAAAAGCAUGCAAAGACACUCAGGGAGCUGCUCAAGAGGCCCGAGAACAAGGUCUGCGCAGACUGCAAGCGGAACGACCCCCGAUGGGCAUCAUGGAACAUUGGUGUAUUCCUAUGCAUUCGCUGUUCGGGAAUCCACCGAUCUAUGGGUACUCAUAUAAGCAAAGUCAAGUCCGUGGACCUUGACGUAUGGACACCCGAACAGAUGGCCUCCAUACAAAAAUGGGGAAACCGCCUAGCGAACCUGUACUGGGAAGCGCAUCUCAGGUCAGGUCAUAUCCCGGCUGAUCACAAGAUGGAUUCAUUCAUCCGUUCCAAGUAUGAAUCCAAACGAUGGGCAAUGGAAGGCCCUCCGCCUGCUGACCCCUCCACCCUCGAUACCCAGUCUGCAGCUGCGCCAGUGCCAGCAGCCACAAUACCCGCACAGACGACGCAGGCAACCUCACGAUCGCAAACACCCGUAGAAUCACUCGUCACCGUCUCCGCAUCCCGUGCAUCCAUCACGAACCGACAACCACAACCACAUCAGCUGCUCUCCACGAGCAUUGCGAACCGGAAUCAGCAGGGUGCGGCUGCAUCCACGAUAUCCGCGCCACAGGCCCAGCAACAUACCCCCCAGCUCCAGGCUACACCCACGCCCUCAAACGAUCUGUUCUCGCUCGAUUUCAACGCGCCCGCGAGCACGCCAUCCGCCCCAGCCGCGUCCGCGCCGAGGAAAGACGUCAAGCAGGACAUUCUCUCGCUCUUCUCGACGCCUGCUGCUCAACUUGCUGCCCCGCAGACGGCCCCUGCACCCAUGGCGUUCGGUCAGUUCGGUCAGCUCACGCAAGCGCAGACCGCAUGGAGCCCAUGGGACUCGCAGGCGACGCAGCCUGCAGCUCAGUCAACGAACGUGGUCGGGCACGCCGCCAGCGGCUCUAUGGGCUGGGGGACGACACCACAGGCUCCGGCACAGCCCAACAUAUGGGGCGCGCCGGCCGCACAGCCAGCCGUUCAGCAGCAGUCUCUCUUCACCACCAGCGAUGUGUGGGGGUCGUCCGGAGGUGCGAGCACGGGCGGGAACGAGAUAUUUGGCUCGCCGCUGCCUGGUAUGCAAAAGAAGGACGAUGCCUUUGGGGACAUCUGGGGCGGCUUCAAGUAGCUCACGGCAUAUUAGACGCACGCGGAUUGUUCGUACAUAGUUGCACUAUCGUAUUCACUUAUGGUACACGCUUCU